CGCAGGCAGCUCUGGAGCGGGCACAGGAGCGCCGACUCCAGGCGUGGGAGGCUGGGGCAGGCUGCACAGGGCUCUGCCAGAGGGCAGGAGGGCACAAUGCUGGCGGUGUCACUCAAGUGGCGGCUGGGCGUGGUGAGGCGGCGGCUAAAAGGUGCCGACGAUGGGCCCUACUCCAAAGGAGGCAAGGACGCAGGAGGGGCCGACGUUUCCCUGGCAUGCCGCAGACAGAGCAUUCCAGAGGAGUUCCGAGGGAUUACUGUGGUGGAGUUGAUCAAGAAGGAAGGCAGCACGCUGGGCCUGACUAUCUCAGGUGGCACCGACAAGGAUGGAAAGCCCAGGGUUUCCAACCUGAGACCUGGGGGACUUGCGGCCAGGAGUGAUCUGCUGAACGUUGGUGACUAUAUUCGGUCUGUGAAUGGGAUCCACCUGACCAGGCUCCGCCACGAUGAGAUCAUCACCCUGCUCAAGAAUGUGGGCGAGCGCGUGGUGCUGGAGGUGGAGUAUGAGCUGCCCCCGCCCGCUCCUGAGAAUAACCCAAGGAUCAUUUCAAAGACAGUGGACGUCUCCCUCUACAAGGAGGGCAAUAGCUUUGGCUUUGUCCUUAGAGGAGGUGCCCAUGAAGAUGGGCACAAGUCCCGCCCGCUUGUCCUGACCUACGUGCGGCCCGGUGGCCCUGCUGACAGGGAGGGCUCCCUGAAGGUGGGCGACAGGCUGCUCAGCGUCGAUGGAAUCCCGCUGCACGGGGCCAGCCAUGCCACCGCCCUGGCCACCCUGCGGCAGUGCAGCCAUGAGGCACUCUUUCAGGUGGAGUAUGAUGUGGCCACCCCUGACACGGUGGCUAAUGCUUCAGGACCCUUGAUGGUGGAAAUAGUCAAGACACCAGGGUCUGCCCUGGGGAUCUCGCUCACCACCACCUCCGUCCGGAACAAGUCGGUCAUCACCAUUGACCGCAUCAAGCCAGCCAGCGUGGUGGACAGGAGCGGAGCCCUGCACCCUGGAGACCACAUCCUGUCCAUCGAUGGCACCAGCACGGAACACUGCUCGCUGCUCGAGGCCACCAAGCUCCUGGCCAGCGUGUCGGAGAAGGUGCGGCUGGAGAUCCUGCCUGUGCCCCAGAGUCAGCGGCCACUGAGGCCCUCAGAGGCAGUGAAAGUGCAGAGGAGUGAGCAGCUGCACCGCUGGGACCCCUGCGUGCCCUCCUGCCACAGCCCCCGGCCCGGCCACUGCAGGAUGCCCACCUGGGCCACACCUGCUGGCCAGGACCAAAGUCGAUCCUUGUCUUCAACUCCCUUUUCCUCGCCGACCUUGAACCAUGCCUUUUCCUGCAACAACCCCAGCACCCUUCCCCGUGGAUCCCAGCCCAUGAGUCCUCGAACUACAAUGGGGCGGAGAAGGCAGCGAAGAAGGGAACACAAGAGCUCGUUGUCGCUGGCCUCCAGCACAGUGGGGCCGGGCGGGCAGAUUGUACACACAGAGACCACGGAGGUCGUGCUCUGCGGAGACCCCCUCAGCGGCUUUGGCCUCCAGCUCCAGGGCGGCAUCUUCGCCACGGAGACCCUGUCCUCCCCACCCCUCGUGUGCUUCAUCGAGCCUGACAGCCCGGCUGAGAGGUGUGGGCUGCUGCAGAUAGGGGACCGUGUCCUGUCCAUCAAUGGCAUCGCCACCGAGGACGGGACUAUGGAGGAAGCCAACCAGCUCCUUCGGGACGCCGCACUGGCCCACAAGGUCGUGCUAGAGGUGGAGUUCGAUGUGGCGGAGUCCGUCAUCCCAAGCAGUGGCACGUUCCAUGUGAAGCUGCCCAAGAAGCGCGGCGUGGAGCUGGGUAUCGUCAUCAGCUCGGCUAGCAGGAAGCGAGGGGAGCCCCUGAUCAUCUCCGACAUCAAGAAAGGCAGUGUGGCACACAGGACGGGCACCCUGGAGCCAGGCGACAAGCUGCUGGCCAUCGACAACAUCCGCCUGGACAACUGCCCCAUGGAGGACGCCGUGCAAAUCCUGCGGCAAUGCGAGGACCUGGUGAAGCUGAAGAUCCGGAAGGACGAGGACAACUCUGACGAGCUGGAGACCACGGGUGCUGUCAGCUACACAGUGGAGCUGAAGCGCUAUGGGGGCCCCCUGGGCAUCACCAUUUCGGGCACGGAGGAACCUUUUGACCCCAUUGUCAUCUCAGGCCUCACCAAGCGUGGCCUGGCUGAGAGGACUGGUGCCAUCCACGUGGGGGACCGCAUUCUGGCCAUCAACAGCGUUAGCCUCAAGGGCCGGCCGCUGAGCGAAGCCAUCCACCUCCUGCAGGUGGCUGGAGAGACCGUCACACUGAAGAUCAAGAAGCAACUAGACCGCCCCCUCCUACCCCGCAAGUCGGGCAGCCUCAGUGAGACCAGCGAUGCUGAUGAGGACCCAGCAGAGGCCCUGAAAGGAGGACUGCCAACAGCCCGCUUCUCACCGGCUGUGCCCAGUGUGGACAGUGCUGUGGAGUCUUGGGACAGCUCGGCCACAGAGGGUGGCUUUGGGGGCCCAGGGUCCUAUACACCACAGGCAGCAGCCCGGGGCGUGACCCCCCAGGAGUGGAGGCCUGGCCGGCUGAGGAGCAGCCCCCCCACCACCGAGCCCCGGAGGACGAGCUAUACCCCAACCCCAGCUGAUGAGAGCUUUCCAGAGGAGGAGGAGGAGGAGGAGGAUUGGGAGCCGCCAACGAGCCCAGCCCCUGGCCCUGCCCGAGAGGAGGGCUUCUGGCGUGUGUUUGGAGAAGCUCUCGAAGACCUGGAGUCAUGUGGUCAGUCAGAGCUGCUGAGGGAACUGGAGGCAUCCAUCAUGACAGGCACUGUGCAGAGGGCGGCCCUCGAGGGCAGGCCUGGCCACCGGCCUUGGCAGAGGGGACGGGAGGUACGAGCCUCUCCUGCAGAGAUGGAGGAGCUGCUACUGCCUACACCCUUGGAGAUGCACAAGGUGACCCUGCACAAGGACCCCAUGCGGAAUGACUUUGGUUUCAGCGUCUCAGAUGGCCUCCUGGAAAAAGGCGUCUAUGUCCACACUGUGCGCCCUGAUGGGCCAGCCCACCGUGGGGGCCUCCGGCCCUUUGACAGGGUCCUGCAGGUCAACCACGUCCGUACACGGGACUUCGACUGCUGCCUGGCGGUGCCGCUUCUAGCUGAGGCGGGCGAUGUCCUGGAGCUGGUCAUCAGCCGCAACCCGCUGGCACACAGCAGCCGGGCCCCCCGAGCGCCAGGCCCCAGCAGUCCCCGGAUGCUCUGA